AUGUUCGCUCCCUCAUCACAUUCGAAUACAAAUGUCUCAAAAUUUGAAUUACUUUAUGAAUAUAUGAAUAGUACUGAUCCCCUUAUGAUUGGACUUGUUGAGACGUGGCUAGAUCAUUCGAUACCUAAAAGCGAUGUACCUUUACCUGGGUAUAAAUGUUUUCGUAAUAAUCGUGAUUCACCUGGUGGGGGAUGUGCAUUUUACGUAAAAGAUAGUGUACCGUUGAUUGAAGUAGCUAGAAGAAACGAUUUGAAAUCUGAAUGCCUAUUUAUGAAUGUUCUACUUCCUAAUAUUGGAAACACUCUUUUCGCUGUAUGCUAUCGAUUUGAAGAACCAGUAAGAAGCUUUCUUGACAAUUUACAAACAACAUUAGAAGAUUUGUCAGAGUAA